GGUGAAGAGAAGUUAUUUAAAUUUUUCCUAGUGUUGAAGUGACAUACCGAUCCUGCAAUAAGCCGUUAUGGAGUGAAAGCAGCUGAGAUGCAAGUUGAUUGAUUGACUGGUCCCUAGUUGAUAAUAACAACAAUGUUGGAUACUCCAAAUCACUCAAGAAAUGUGUCUGACAGUCCUGCGGGAUACGACAAUCCAGGUUUUGAACAAUCAAAAAGUAGGAAGAUCUCAAGUUCAUCACACUCAGAUGGACCAGUGAGGAAAAAAAGUAAUGCUCAUAAGUUGAAUGAACAAGAUAACUGGCAUUUGACACCGAAAACAAAAGAAUUUGACUCCAGUAGAAAAAAUAGUGAAACAAAAUAUUCAGAAACUAGUACAAUAUCUCGAAAAACGGGGAAUGAUAGUGACAGCACAUGGUGGUAUGACCUUUGUCUGAAAUGUCACUCAGAAGAAGAGGGGGCGAAAUCGUGGGAACCAAAGUUUUGGAGCACAUAUUGCCCCCAUCCAUUCUGUCUCACAUACCGGAAGUUCAGUAGGAUUACUUCUCUGAUAUUCAUUGGAGCAUUCUGUUGGGCCAUUUUAUACGCCCUCGUUGGGGAAUCAUCAGCGCCACCAAACGGAAUACUCUUCCAACUGAUAGUUUUGAGUAUUUCUGCACAUUUCGGAGGUUGGCUCAUGGGCCUAACAACCCUGCCGGCGCUGGUUGGGAUGCUUUUCACAGGAGUACUCUUACAGAAUGUGAACGUUAUAAAUAUCGACGACUCGUUUUCACAUUUGACCAAACAUCUGAGUGAUGUUGCUCUAGUUAUUAUACUGACAAGGGCAGGAUUGGAACUAGAUCCUUCAGCACUUAAACGAUUGAAAUACUCAGUAUUGAGAUUGAGCCUUGUCCCAUGGAUAUCAGAAUGUAUAGUUAUCGCAUUGUUAUCUAGGUACUUUCUGGAUUUAGGAUGGAAAUACGCCUUGCUUCUAGGAAGCAUUAUAGCUGCUGUCGCUCCUGCAGUUGUCGUCCCAUGCUUAUUUCGACUACGUUCAAAAGGUUAUGGAGUUGCAAAAGGCAUUCCCACACUAAUCAUCGCGGUUGCCAGUAUAGAUGAUGCUGCUUCGGUGGCAAUCUUUGGUAUAAUCAAGGCGAUUAUAUUCACCGAUACUUCUGUAGCGAGAGGGGUGAUAUUUGGAUCCUUAUCAAUAGUAGGAGGUAUCGUCGUUGGAGUGAUAUGGGGAAUCAUCUGCAACUUCUUUCCGGAAAGAAAUGACCCUUUCGUGACUCCACUGAGAAUAUUACUUCUGCUAACUGGAGGAUUGGGAGCAGUUUUCGGCAGCGACUUGCUGGGAUAUAGUGGAGCUGGUCCUCUAGCUUGUGUCACUGCAGGGUUUGUUGCCAUGAGUUUAUGGGUCAAGCAUGGUUGGGACAUUGAUGACAAUCCUGCCGUGACAGCUUACGAGAUCUUCUGGAUGAUCUUCCAACCGAUUCUGUUCGGAAUAACAGGCGCCAGAGUGAAACUGUCAGAGUUACAUGGAAAUGUUGUUCUAAUCGCUCUUGGACUUCUCCUCGCUUCUACAGUUAUUCGAAUGAUGAUAACUUGUUUAGUUGGUAUUGGAUGUAGAUUGAAUAUGAGGGAGAAAAUGUUUGUUUCAAUUGCUUGGAUGUGCAAGGCAAUUGUUCAGGCAGCUCUUGGCCCAAUAGCACUCACGCUAGUAGAAAAACUAGAUGACCCAAAGGCCUCACAAGAUGCCCACAGAAUUCUCACAACCACUAUUUUAUCAAUAAUUUUAACAGCCCCCUCUGGCGCUCUCUUAACUACGUUAUUAGGACCUCAUCUUCUGACGAAAGCCAAAUUGCCUACUCUUCCAGACUUGAAGAUGAGAAAGAAAAGCCGGAAAAUGUCGUUCAGGGAUAUUUAUGUCGAUGAUGACGAGUGCUUCGAGGGUAGUAACGACACAAUUGCAGGCGUUAGAAUGUCGGUUGUUUAUGAAGAGAAUGAGGUUGGAAAACUCUGAACGAAUAAUCAUGAAUUUUUGUAUAUACUCAAUAUUUAAUAUAGGUAUGUAAAUAAACAUAAUACUCGAGUAAA